GGCGUGCCGUGGGUGCCCUCGUGGAAAAUGCUUCUUCGCAAACAUCGCAAACCUCCUUGGAAGAGCGCCAGUUUGAAGUUCAGAAGCUGCAAGUCCUCUUGGAGGCGAUGUCGACAAUCCCUGAUCGUGAAGCUGAGGAAGAUGAACCAGUCAAGUGGGGCUCAAGUACACGUGACGGAACGGAGCGAGCAAGAAGCAAAACUGUUCUGCUAGCCGAAGUCACAGAAGCCGUGAAACACUUGGAUGCUGCAUCGCUGGGCGACAGCGUGGAUGAAGUGGAGGAGAUGAAACAAAUGUUGCAAAGCCUGCAUGCUGAAUUCCAGCAGCUCGAAGAAGAAGGUGUGGCUGUGGCGCUCAUGGAGCAAGCGCUGGCGGGUGUCAAAUCAGUGCUAGAAAUCGCGAAAGCAGAACAUGAAGCACCGCCUUCUGAUCACAUCAACCUGCAGGCGCAGAAGCGCGAGAUGUGGAAAGAUGUUCUCAAUCUGAUGCCCACAUUGUCAGAGAGGCAGCAGGAGGCAGAUGGGAGUGACUGUGACGAAUAUGACGGUUUCAUGGAUGUGGAGAAGCCUGUGGUUUCCGAAGUAUCCGAGGCUGCCCCGUGGUCUGCCUCGACGGCAUGCUCUUCCACAGAAAGCUCCACUCCACUAGUUCCUGUGGUUGAUGCAGCUGGGACUCCACUGGUACCCAGGGUUGAUGCCGCUAGAACUCCAUCGGGACCCUGGGUUGAUUCUGCUGGAACUGCACUGGUACCUCGGGUUGAUGCUGCUGGAACUGUGGUUUGGGUUGAUGCAGCUGGAGCUCCACUGCUACCCAAAGUUGAUGCAGCUGGACACUCACCCGCGAAUCGGGAGCACCCGCUGUAUCGUGAAGUUAUGGUGGCUCCGGGACAUGUUGCUUGGGAAGCACAUGAUGUGCGACCUGGGCCCCGGCGGCCUUCCACCGUGCCGCCCAUCUCCCGGCCCGAAGCUGUGGCUGUUGCUUCCGAAGCACAUGACGUGCAACAUGAGCUCGGGCGGCCUUCCACUGUGCCACCUGUCUCCCUGCCCGAAGCUGUGGCUGAUUGUCCCAAAGCAUUCUGCCGAUUCCUUGUCUCCACAAACCCGGACGUCAAAGCCAAGAGGAAGAAGCACUUUCAACGCAGGUCAAUAUCUUCAAUUCGGAUGCGGCAUGCUGGAGGUAAAUCAGUGGAGGCCGUGGUUUCCUGGAGGAUGCAUCAUGGCUUUCGAGCUGACCGUGAUUUGCCACGACUGCCAGAUUAUCAGCCGAAGCUAGCACAAGUCCACCACGCAAAGAAGCCCUGCAUUUGCGUGGACUGCUUGAUGGCAGCUGGACAACCAGCGAUGGACCCACUGGCCUGCUCUGUCACUUCCUCCUUAUCCACCGAACUACGUGCAUCUGGGGCGCGAUCCAGAUAUGCUGCGCAGCGCCAUCGCUUGCAUCUGGCAGACGUCCGUUCUGAGCUGAGAGAUCCUUUUCGUGCGGGAGCCACGAAUAAGUUUCCUUCAUAA